AUGAAACUGAAUUCUACCAGUUUCAUCGUCGUUAUACUUUUAUUAUCGGUGAUUGGCGAUUGUGGGUUUGUUCGAGCUCUUGCAAUUAAUGACAAAUUGGUAUUUAACGUUGUUAAGACAGAAGGGAAAGCCAUAGAUGAGCCAUGGACAGAACAGCAUAAAACGACAAAAGUUCGAUCCUAUAGACAAAUAAGGCUAUUAUCAUUCAAAAUACCCACUACGAUCGCUAGGGACUCGACUGGAUCGAGCUUAUUGGAUCUCAGGGAAGAUCCUAGUGAGAUUGAUUCAAAUCAACGGGAUCCAUUAUUUCUCGGUACAGAUUCGCCAAAUAAGUCGGCAUCAAAAAAGCUAAAAAGUCGCGGUUGGAACGAUUACUUUGGCAGAUGGGGUGGCGGCAAACGUGAUGGCGGUGGAGGAGGUGGUCGAGGUGGUGAUGGUGGAGGAGGCGGUAAAGGAGGCGAUGGUAAUGGUCAAGGAGGCGGAUUUGGAGGAGGCGGAGGAGGAGGAGGAGGAUUUGGAGGCGGAGGAGGAGGAGGAUUUGGAGGCGGAGGAGGCGGAGGAGGAGGAGGAGGAUUUGGCGGAGGAGGAGGAGGAUUUGGAGGCGGAGGAGGCGGAGGAGGAGGAGGAGGAUUUGGCGGAGGAGACGGAGGAGGCGGAGGAGGAUUUGGAGGAGGAGGCGGAGGAGGAAUUCCGCCUCCGCCUAAAAUAACGCCGCCAAAUGUCCCACCAAAGCCCAAACCCGGAGAUCCAGGUAACGGAAACAAUCCUAAUGGUGAUAAUAAUGGAAGCGGUGGACCUGCAGGAUACAGCCAGCCCCCAGCCCAGAACAACGUUGUUAAGCCUGUAAUACUGGCAGUUGCCGUUUGCGUUGCUGCUGCGGCGAUGGUAGCUCUCAUCAGCGCUAGACGACGAUCACGUUGUAACGAGCGUAACCUCCGAUUACCUGACACGGACUCUCUUGGAGAUGGCGAGAGUAGCAUUGAAACCAUAGACCGUCCGGUUAGUUUUAUGGUAAACAUAAAAAAUGCAAUUAACGGGUUAGGUCGGCUAACCGUGUCGCAAGAUGCUGCGAACAUUACAGGCCAAAGCAAAUUCACCGAAUUCAUAACCUGA